GGAAUUCUUUCUUCCUGCAUGUAGUGUCUAACCAAGACCCAGUCCCCGGACUCUUCCUCCCAUCCGGCGGAUCUCCGCCCACAUCCUCCCAUUCACAAACUACCGGUUACAAGCCCUUUGGGACAUAUCUCUUGUGCUCUGAACUUGGUUGUGCUUGUUUUGACAACCCUGAUUUAAUUUUGGGAUUGCUUGAAGUCAUAUCAUCAGAGGUUGCCGGAGGAUUGCAGGAUGUUGAUUAUGGGAAGAUUUUAAGAAACCUCAAGGAGAGGGCAAUCUGCAAGGGACUGCCGCAGGUGGGUGAACGGUUUGCAGAUCCAUUUUCAGCUGGGAUCAUCAUGGAACUUGAGACAAUUGGAUUUAAUCAAACAAAGCUGCUGCAGCAUAACAUUGAUAUCAACGCUAUGAUAAGAACAAUGGAACAGGAAACCAGAAUCCUAAUCCUGAAAAAUAAAGCUUCCGAUGCCAAGAAACUGAAUGACAUAAAAAGAGACAUGGCCCAGCUAGAAUGGUAUAAGAAGAAAUCGGAAAUGGGUUACUACGAUUGCUUCAAAAACCAGGGGUCUAAAAGGGACAUCAACGUUGAACAGUUUAGGGGAAACCUCACAAUGUACUGGCAAGACAUGGUUGCACAAGUACAGAGGAAGCCCCAGAAGGAAGGAGCAACAUUGCGAACCCGUUGGCUCCAUUCAGGGACAGUUUAUAGGAGAAUGGUUGAACCACUGGACAUUGCUGCCUUCUAUAGAGAGGGUGGAACAGACUACAUAAACAGUGGAAGAUCUCCUCAUUAUAAGCUGUUGCAGCAAUGGUAUGAGGAAGAUGCGAAAUCCCGCUCUAGAGAUGAGCCUGAUUCCAAGAAGCAAAAGGUGUCUGGUAUCCUAACUGAGGAUUCUUUGUUUUGGGCACAUGUGGAGGAGGCCAUCUUGUCAUGCGAAUUGCUCAAGAGUGAAAACUGUACUCUUGAGCAGGGAAAAUCAUCAUGGGAUAAUCUGGUUAAGUUCGAGGAGUAUGUAAUGGAACAGAUUAACAACUAUGCAGCGUCCCCUGAGAUUUCUUGCGGGAAAGCAGCUUCAUGAAAUGGUGGGGACUGUAUGAGGGCUACAUAGAUACUUGCAGUAAUUCCCAUGGGUCGCCAUUGAUCAACUACAUGAAGAAACGUAGCUAUAUGAAGUAUGGUUAGAGGGGCAAUCCAGUUUGUGUGUUGUGUGUUGUGUUUGUUGUUUUGUGAGCGUUCAAUGAAUAAAACUAGAAAGAGUGUGACCUUUUUCCCUUUUUCUUGGUUGCUGCCCAUAUUCUCAGCACUAUUUUCUUCCUUCUUUUCCUCAGUUUUUUUUUUUUUUAAGAAAUGAAUAUUAUGAUGUUGCUGGGA